ACAUCUGUUCGCCGGAGCCACUCUAAAAUAUUACGCCGUCUUCCUUCUCCUCGGCGCAUUUGAUUUUGACCAAACGCCGUUGACUGUCAUCUGAGGGAAUCUUAGCUAAAAAAAGAGGAAAAUGAGGGUUUUAUAUUUGGCUGUGUUGCUAUUAACAGCAUACUGCGUUAACGCAAAUAUUUACUUUCGGGAGGAGUUUCAAGACGGUGAUGAAUGGAGAAGUCGAUGGGUGAAUUCAAAGCACAAAUCAGACUAUGGAGACUGGAAACUUACAGCCGGAAACUUCUAUGGAGAUGUUGAAAAAGACAAAGGUCUGCAGACAAGCCAAGACGCUCGCUUCUACGCUGUCUCGGCACGCUUUGAGCCCUUCAGCAAUGAGGGGAAGUCUCUAGUUGUCCAGUUUACGGUCAAGCAUGAGCAGAAGAUUGACUGUGGUGGUGGCUACGUAAAGGUCUUCCCUGCUGACUUGGAUCAGACUGCCAUGCACGGGGACUCUACAUACUACAUCAUGUUUGGCCCUGACAUCUGUGGCUACAGCACCAAGAAAGUCCAUGUCAUCUUUAACUACAAGGGAAAGAAUCACCUGAUUAAGAAAGAAAUUAAAUGCAAGGAUGAUGAACUGAGCCACCUGUACACACUGAUCCUGAAUCCAGAUCAGACCUAUGAGGUGAAGAUUGAUAAUGAGAAGGUAGAAUCUGGCAGUCUAGAGGAGGACUGGGACUUCCUGCCACCUAAGAAAAUUAAGGACCCUGAAGCCAAGAAGCCAGAGGACUGGGAUGACCGCCCUAAGAUUGAUGAUGUAGAUGACAAAAAGCCUGAGGAUUGGGACAAACCUGAAAAUAUUCCAGAUCCUGAUGCCAAAAAGCCUGAAGACUGGGAUGAAGAUAUGGAUGGAGAAUGGGAGCCACCUAUGAUCCCCAACCCAGAAUACAAAGGAGAAUGGAAGCCCAAGCAGAUUGACAACCCCAACUACAAAGGAGCCUGGGUGCAUCCUGAAAUCGACAACCCUGAAUAUUCUCCUGAUUCUAAUAUCUACAAGUUUGAUAACAUAGGUGUGAUCGGUCUUGAUCUUUGGCAGGUAAAAUCUGGCACAAUCUUCGACAACUUCUUGAUCACGGAUGAUGUGAAGGAAGCAGAAGAAAUUGGAAAAGAGACAUGGGGCGUAACUAAGGAACCAGAGAAGAAAAUGAAAGAGGAGCAGGAUGACAAAAAACGAAAAGAAGAGGAAGAGAAGGCAAAAGAACAAGCAACUGAGACGGAAGAUGAAGAGGAGGAAGAGGAAGACGGAGAGGAGGAAGAGGAGGAGGAAGAGGAAGACGCAAAGGAUGAGUCAGAGGAAGCGCUUUCAGAAAAAGAUGAGGAUUCUGUACCUAAAGAUGAGCUUUGAAAAGAAAUGUAGCCAAAAGAGAGAAAUGCGUUUUUAAUGUUCCCUCCACAGAAACUGUCCUGUAAAUCUCUGGAGCAUUGACUGCUGUGCAUCCUUUCCCAGAGAUGCAGACAAAACCCGGCUUUGGGGUCUGGUGUAGAAAAUUGGGGUUGAGUGGGGUGUUUAAUGGACUUGGUGUCUCUUUCAUUUUUGUCACGUUACCCUUGAUGAAUUGGUUCUGUGGGUUGUCUUUCAUUCUGUGUUUUGACUGAAGUCCAUUCCUCUUUGUUGCAGUGACACAACGGGUUGAAUAAAAUCAGAUUUAGACUUUUCACAGUCAACAAGAUAAAAUAAAGGGUCAGAAAUGGGGACUGAGGCGUGGUAAUUUAUUUUGGUUAUUUCUACAGCACUGAACUUUUCUUUCCUCAUUCUUGACGGCAUUAUUGAUUGAAAUGUGAAAAUAAAAAAGCAUCGAGUCCUAAUACUAAAUAUUUUCAUUUUGCCACAAAUUGUAAUAAUUCAUAUUUCAUGAUAUGCUGGGAGUUGCAGUGGAUUCUGGUGAAGCAGAUGGCGAUGCGCUGGUGUUACUCAUGCAAGGGCAGCACAGACUUACUCGACAGAAUGUUAUUGAUGCCAAAGUUUUUAUUAAAAG